AUGCAUCUCUAUCCAGUGGUUCUUUUUCUGAUCAGCAUCACACUGAUGAGUGUGAUGAUGGAGGUAUCUCAGGCCGCUAGGGGAAGAAGCGGUGGUGGUUCUCGCGGUGGAUCCAGUGGUAGCCGAAAAAGUUCAGGGUCUAAAUCAAGCUCUGGAUCAGGUUCUAAGACAAAAGUCGGCAAAUACGAUCCCAUUAAACCAACCACAGUUCGCUCUCCUGUUAUUGUCAAGCAAACUAAGGUUGGUUCUCGCUCAGAUGUGCUAAAAAGAGUUCUGUUUGGUUAUGUCGUGUAUCGCUAUGCUUUCGGCAAUGCUCCAGUGUAUCGCGGAGGGUAUCCGAUGUAUGGUAGUUACGUAACAAUCCCAGAAAAAAGAGCUGUCAGAAUUACCUAUGGGCAUGAAGAGCAGACGUUGCUGAACGAUGGAGGAGACAAAUGUCUGUCAGAAGAUUCAAAGACUUCUACGCUACGGGAAGGUAUCGGCGAAAACUUGGUGGAAUUGACGACAACAGUCAAGUACAAAAACGGGAAAACGCUGAUUUAUAAUAACAGUACCAUCUCUUUGGAAGACAUCAAAGAGGAGGAUUUUGAAGUGAUCACUCGAGCUCGGUAUAACACAACGAUAGUAGCAGGAACAUCCUGUACUCAAGUGGAAAAGAAAGUUGAAGGGACGAUGGUUACAUUGUACGAGACAAAUCCCAACGCAGCUAACUCACUUAACAGUAAUUUGGCAAGAUUGAUUUUACUGCUUAUAGUCAUUCAAGCGAUAAGCUAAAAGAAACAUGGCAUGUAUCCCCACUAGAGUAUGUACAUGAGUAUUUCGUAAAGUCACUGUAUCGUAUCGUAGACCAUCUGAAGUUCAGCAAUCGAGAAAACAUUCGGUAACAGGCUUAUUGGUGACUAUCAACUUAAUAACUGACCCGCAAGUUUUAAGUAACAAUUAGCAGUAAAUAAUUAGUUGUGCUUUUCAUAUCACUUACAAUUUUAUAUGCAAAUAUCAUUAAAAUAAUUAAACGCAACCUUGGACGCUUUGACGCGUAUAUGAAAAGUUGACGUUAGGAAUGUGAUUCAUCCUUUCGCGUCUUAUACAACGUAACAUCAGAUGUGGGGCAGAAGAGAAGUUCGCCUUGGCAGUCUGCAANGUUCGAGUUUGAAUACUGCAGAAUACCAACGUUAUGCAACGUCAUGGGUUCGCAAACGCGGCGAACACUUGAGAUGUGCGUUAGUAUUCGGGCGUGUUCGCGUCUGGUAAACCGUUCGUCACUGUCGUGUUCGCGUCGCAUGCGGACUCGAAAAUUUGUGGUCAUACUGAGAUGUUCCAAUGACAAAUGAUCAUUAUUGUUCGAAGCUGGUCAAUAUUGAUCUUUUUAGAAAAGGAUUCGGGAGUAUGCCGUUUAGAAUGCUUCAUAGUAUUCUAGGGUAUUCUAUUUGAAUUCGGAAAAACAGUCCGGAUUCUAAGUAGAAUAUUCUAGGUGUACGUCGCGUCAUGCGUGCUUGAAUACCUCAGGAUAUUAUCGUACACUCCACGUGUGCCUAUCCGUAUUCGGGCAAAUUCGGUCACGAAUAUGUGCCUUUUUGCGCAGUGUGAAGAGCAGACGUUGCUGAACGAUGGAGGAGACAAAUGUCUGUCAGAAGAUUCAAAGACUUCUACGCUACGGGAAGGUAUCGGCGAAAACUUGGUGGAAUUGACGACAACAGUCAAGUACAAAAACGGGAAAACG